UUAUAUUUAUGUGACAUUUGCAUUACAUUUGGGUUUUAAACGUGUUACAUUUGGGUUUUAAAAUAAAUGCCCCAAAUGAAUCACUUUAUAUGUAACACAUAUUAACUUAAAGAGCAAAAACUAUUAUUUUAUAUUAUUAUAUUACUAAAUUAUGGGUGCCACAGUAAACGUAUUUUGGGGAAUACUAAGUAGGGUCUGUAGAAUGUAUAUAUGGUGUCAUUUCAUGGUGCCGAAUAAUACGGAGUGUUGCUGGCCUUUUACUGUGGUCAAACACCUUAAAAUCGGUGCAUGGAUACUGUUUGGGGGGAUGCUCAAGAUGGCGGCAUGAGGUGGUUUAACAUUUCUAGCUGAGGACCAAUUUGCGGGUUUUCUCACAAGGUUUAUAGUUUUCGACUGCAGUUGAAUUUUUUUUUUUUUUUCACAAAAAUAAUUAAUGAAUCAAACUGUAAUUAAUUAAUCAAACUGAUUAAUUACAACUUUUGAAGAUUUCCAACGAACAAGCUAACGUUAGUUACCGAAAAGUCUCAGCGUGUGUAGUUAAGUUAGCCUGCUAACGUCUUCAUAGCUUGUAGCAUGGAGUCAGGACAUGACCAAACUGUUGCUGAGAUAAUGGAUGUUGAAACUUCCAAGGAGAAAAGAGGCAUUGUUGAAACGCACUCAUAUGCUUGCAGUGUAAAAAAAAAAGGGGAUGAAUGUGAUUCAUACCCGAAUACCCCAACCAAGGAGCAACUUCCAAAGAAGCUGAGAAGUGAGCCAGCUACAGGACAACAUCGUCCGCAUCCUCACGGCCAAAAUCAAAGAGAGCGCAGAUAACAUCAUGGAUUGGGUGUAAAAGAACACUAACAGUAUCGUUAACCUGAAGAAAUCAAUUGAUUUCAGUGCUGAGGAAGUAAACACUCUGAAGCAGCAGAACGCAACAUUGAACAUUCAGGUUGCAAAGCAAGAGAAUGACCUCACUCAAAUGGAGUCAAAGGUCAACGAGAAUGACCGAAUAGUCGAAGAUGGAAUCUUUGAAUUUAUGGAAUAGCAGGAAAAUCUGACGAGAACAUCAAAGCAAAAGUGAAGGACAUUUGCAGGGCAAUAGUCCCUGUGCUGCCAUCCUGUUAGGAGUGGAGGUGAUGGACCAUCAGAGGGUGCUGCAUACUGGCUGCCUGGUGUCGGGAGUCCACACCCCGCCCAUCCGCCGCAACAGCAAGCUGGCCAGCCUGGGGCGCAUCUUCAAACCCUGGAAGUGGAGGAAAAAGAAAAACGAGAAGCUGAAGCAGAGCUCUACAGAUGUGGCAUUGUCCAGUGGGUGCAUCUCUCCCGAGCCCGGCUCCCCCUUGCAGGGCUCCUCAGACGGGACAGGCAUGUUGGGGAGUUUUGGGGGGUCUCUCAGCGCCACUCUCACGGUCAGCAGUGUGGAGUACCUGGGCCCAGAGGAGGAACUCCCCCCGCCAGCGGCUGCGCCUCCAGAGGAUUGUGAGCCAGAGGAGGAGAGCAGUCAGAAAACAGAAGAGGAGGGAGAAGAGGAGGCGCAGCCUAGUGCCGAUGCCUCCGACGAGGUCCAGGAGGGCAUAGAGGAGACGGAGGAGAGACUAGAAGAGGAAAUACCUCGAGGAACCACGCCACCUCCAGUAGCGGCCAAACCGGUGAUGCCACAGCUGAGCAGUGGCGAGGACCCAUCCCCUGUGUCCUCACACUUGGCCAACUCUUUCCUGCCUAAGGAGCCUCCCAGGGCUCCCGAUAGCCUGGCCCCCAUGGUGUCCCUGCGAGGGCCCCACUCCAACCCCUCAGGGUCUCCUCACCUCACCAAUAUUAUGCACCCUCCAAUGCCCCCUAGCUGUAUCAUGGAAGAACUACAACGAGCCUUUGCCUCAAAGGCGAAUCGGCAAGAAAGUGUGCAUGGGCCUGCUGAGCCUUGCUCGCCCCCUUGGCGGCGAUCUGACGGGCGGAUCUCUCGCUCCUCCAGCUCGGAGAAUCAGUCGGUGGCGGGUGGUGGCUUUGUCGACUGGCUCCACCAAGCGGAGAGGAAGAUGGAGGCGGAGGAGAACAAGGAGAACGUGCGGCUGGACCAGUGCUUCUCCGACAGCUCGGGCCUCCCCCAUGAUCAGGACGACUGGAACGACUCUGUCAUCUCCGGUACACUACCUCGCAGGCUAAGGAAGGAGCUGUUGACGGUGAAACUUCGGAAUCGGCCCAGCAAGGAGGAGCUGGAAGACCGGAAUAUCUUCCCGGCACGGACCGAACAGGAGCGUCAGGAUAUACGCCAGCAGAUCGAGAUGAAACUCGCCAAGAGACUCAGCCAGAGGCCGAACGUUGAGGAGUUGGAAAGCCGGAAUAUUCUGAAACAGAGAAAUGACCAGACCGAACAAGAGGAGAGGAGGGAAAUCAAACAGAGGCUCAACAGAAAGCUCAAUCAGCGGCCCACAGUCGACGAACUACGGGACCGAAAGAUUCUCAUCCGCUUCAGCGAUUAUGUCGAGGUGGCCAAAGCUCAAGAUUAUGACAGGAGAGCAGACAAGCCCUGGACCAGGCUUUCGGCAGCUGACAAGGCGGCUAUCCGAAAAGAGCUGAACGAGUUCAAAAGCACUGAGAUGGAGGUGCAUGCCUCGAGCAAGCACCUUACGAGGUUCCACAGGCCAUGAAUACGAAGGGGAGAUACUUCUAUGAAGAAAAAUACUGCUGAGCCUAGAAUUUUCGGUUGCUGCGUCGGCAGCGGUUCGAAAACUGCCGGAGCACUUAAAGCCAUUCUUCCAGAGCCCGGUCCUUUGUCUGCAGGGUGUCCUCGAUUCCUCCAGCACGCCCCUGGCCUUCAUCGAUAGGAGGGGUGGACGGAUGGUGAUGUUUGGGUGUGUGGCAGUGAAUCCCACUGUGGGAGCUGCCUGGGGGCAGAAUACUAACGACGGAACCCCGGACUCCGUCUGUCUGUCUGCCCAUCGGUUAAGAUGGAGCCGAGGGAAGAACAAUCUACUUCGGUCUGUGUGCGUGUGUUUUUUUUUAACAGUCUCCUUUGAGAAGGUGGCAAACCCAUAUGGGGAAGAUGACGGUUGUGCAUGUGACCAGCUUCACCUUUUACA